AUGGAUCUCAUGACUGACUACGUAGAUCCAAGACCGCCACAAGUAAAAAGUCAUAAACUUUGUGUAGUUGUUCCGUAUCGUGAUCGUCUAGAAGAGCUUGAAGAAUUCUCCCCACACAUGUCGAAAUUUCUAAACAACCAGAACGUCUCACAUCAUAUUCUAAUAGUCAACCAAACCGAUUCUUUUCGUUUCAAUCGGGCAUCUUUAAUAAACGUUGGGUGGAAUGAAGCUGAUCGUCUUGGAUGCGACUACAUGGUAAUGAAUGACGUGGAUUUGCUUCCGGUCAAUCCUGAAGUUCCAUAUGAAUUCCCUGGAGUGGGUGUGAUUCGACAUAUAACUUCUCCAGAAUAUCAUCCUAAAUAUCAUUACGUAAAGUUUAUCGGUGGCAUUUUGAUGCUGACUUUAGAAGAUUACAAGAGACUGAAUGGAAUGUCGAAUAAAUACUGGGGAUGGGGACUUGAAGAUGACGAGUUUUAUCUCAGAAUUGUUGACAGCAAGCUGAAUCUAACUCGUGUUUCCGGUCUCUCCACUAAUAGUACAAACACGUUCCGUCAUAUUCAUGGUCCAAAGCGGAAAAGAGACUAUAUUCCAAAGAAAAACGACAAGAAGCAGUGGGAGAUAAAACGAAAAAGAGAUAAAGUUUCUGGUCUUCACAAUGUACGAUACAUCAUCAACAGCCGGCGCCUUCUUGAUUUUUCUGGAACAUCUGUCACAAUCAUCAAUGUAGCUUUGGAUUGUGAUUUCAAUUGGACACCUUACUGCAAAUCAUAG